AUGAUUGUGGACCACAGGAAAAGGAGGACCGGAUACGCCCCCAUCCUCAUSGACGGGGCUGUAGUGGAGCAGGACGGGAGCCUCCUUCUCUCUUUCUGUAGCUCUACUGAAUCCAGGACAGUCACAGGCUCACAGCUGCCUGGCUCCCCCUCCUCUGCCCUGCACACAGCCUUCCCUCCCGAAGCGGUCAGCACAGCCUUCCCUCCCAGAGAGCGGUCAGCACAGCCUUCCCUCCCGGAGCGGUCACAGAGCCUUCCCUCCCAGAGUGGUCAGCACAGCCUUCCCUCCCAGAGAGCGGUCAGCACAGCCUUCCCUCCCAGAGCGGUCAGCACAGCCUUCCCUCCCAGAGCGUUCAGCACAGCCUUCCCUCCCAGAGCGGUCAGCACAGCCUUCCCUCCCAGAGCGGUCAGCACAGCCUUCCCUCCCAGAGCGGUCAGCACAGCCGAGAGAAGAAUGGCUCCCCCUCCUCUGCCCUGCACACAGCCUUCCUCCCGAAGCGGUCAGCAAGCCUUCCUCCCAGAGAGCGGUCAGCACAGCCUUCCUCCCGGAGCGGUCCACAGAGCCUUCCCUCCCAGAGUGGUCAGCACAGCCUUCCCUCCCAGAGAGCGGUCAGCACAGCCUUCCCUCCCAGAGCGGUCAGCACAGCCUUCCCUCCCAGAGCGUUCAGACCACAGCCUUCCCUCCCAGAGCGGUCAAGCACAGCCUUCCUCCCAGAAGCGGUCAGCACAGCCUUCCUCCCAGAGCGGUCAGCACAGCCUUCCCUCCCAGAGAGCGGUCAGCACAGCCUUCCCCCCAGAAGCGGUCAGCACAGCCUUCAUCCCAGAGACGCGGUCAAGACACAGCCCUUCCCUCCCAGAGCGGUCAGCACAGCCUUCCCUCCAGAGCGGUCAGCACAGCCUUCCUCCCAGAGCGGUCAGCACAGCCUUCCUCCCAGAGAGCGGUCAGCACAAGCCUUCCCUCCAGGGGUCAGCACAGCCUUCCUCCGAGCGGUCAGCACAGCCUUCUCCAGGCGUCAGCACAGCCUUCCCUCCCAGGACGGUCAGCCAUGCCUUCCUCAGAGUCAGCACAGCUUCCUCCCAGAGAGCGGUCAAGACACAGCCUCCCUCCCAGAGCGGUCAGCACAGCUUCCCUCCCAGAGCGGUCAGCACAGCCUUCCCUCCCAGAGCGGUCAGCACAGCCUUCCUCCCAGAGCGGUCAGCACAGCCUUCCCUCCAGAGCGGUCAGCACAGCCUUCUCUUCCAGAGCGUCAGCACAGCCUUCCUCCAGAGAGCGGUCAGCACAGCCUUCCCUCCCAGAGAGCGGUCAGCACAGCCUCCCAGCUCAGCCAGCUCAUCCGAGAGCGGUGCCCCGGACCUCUCCACCAUCCCCRCGGAGUACCAGGACCUCUGGGAGGUGUUCAGCAASGCUCGGUGCCACUUCGCUUCUGCCGCACCGACCCAAUGA